CUCUCUCUCUCUCUCUCUCUCUCUCUCUCCACCGAUGCGUCCUCACCACCCCAACCGCGUCGCCAAUAUCGCCGAGCCCACCUCGGCGGGGUGCUGCGCCCCCCUCCUCCGGCACCGCCGCCGCCCGGGGCGCCGCCCCUCGCGGCGGAGCUACCUCCCCCUCGCCGACGCCGCCGCCGCCUCGCCGGCGCCGACGAUGGCGGUGGUGGUGGUGGGGAAGGAGCGGAGGGUGUUCCACGUCGACCCCUCCGUGCUCGAGAAGGAGCCCGUUAGGGCUUUAAUGGAUGCUGCGGCGGCGGCGGCAAAGACGAAGAGGGGUAGGAGUAAAGGGGGCGUCGUCUUUGUGGACGCCGACGCGAUCCUCUUCGAGCACGCGCUGUGGAUGGCCCACAACGAGCGCUCAUCACCUUCCUCUUCUUCCUCCUCCUCCUCCUCCGCUGUUUCCCCUGUUUCCGCUUCUCUGUUUAAGCUCCAUUUGAGGGACAUCAUAGAGUUCUACUCCCAGGAGUAAGUCAUUUUGGUUGAUUCAAUUUUUAAUUAAGCCCCAAAAUCUCAUUUUUAUCCUUUUCUUCCUCUUUUUUUUUUGCGAGAUUUAUUGGUAAUUUAUGUAAUUUAGUUCGUGGGAAUCUCUCUCUCUCACGUCAUCUGUUUAAGCUCCAUUUGAGGGAGAUCAUAGAUUUCUAUUCCCAGAAUUAAAUAGAUUUUUUUGUUUGAUUAUCUUAUCUAAAUUUGUGUAAUUUAUAUUGGAUUAAGCCCCAAAAUCUGUUUAAGCUCCAUUUGAGGAA